UGUGGGAACUUCGCUGUCUUGGUGGAUGUUCAUAUUUUGCCUCAAGGCUCCAGUAAAGACACCAGCUGGCUUUCAGAUCAUGAGAAAGAGGAGGUCUGCAUGCUGCUAGAAGGACUUGUUGCUUCAAGAGUCAAACACUACUUGGAAGCACGUAAACAACGUGGUCAGUGGAAAUCCAUGGAACGUUCAUCGUCUGGUCCUUUGUUUCUUACUGCCAACAGUUUACACAUUACUGCCUACUUCAUGAAGAGAUGGGUUAACCUCCGUUGUGCUCUAGGGAAACAUUAUCAUGCACUGCGUGUGUUUCCAGAGAGACUUAUAGUUUGUGUCAGUAGACUUGACUUUGAUCCAAGUGCUUGGAUGUGGGAAAAUGGUGUAUUGAAGGAAGAAAUUUCCAAAGGGACAUCUGAAUAUUUUACUGAACCUGCUGAGAGCAAGAAGCUUCAGAUUAGUCUGAAUGAACAAAUAAAGCAAGACAUCCUGAAAAAAAUUGUGAAAAGGACAAAACCAAGGAAAAGUAGCACAAGCAAACCUCAAAUCAGCAAGGACUCCAAGAAAGUGUAUCUUGGCUCGGUGGACUUGCAGGCAGAGAACAGAAAGAACGACUGUCAGACUUCUCUCAGUCCUCAGUCUGAUGUGAAACGUAGGAGUCCAGGCCUGCUGAAGGACUGCACAAAUACAGCUGAGAGCAGCUUGAAGCUUCCUGUUUUAGGGCUGGAAAAUUAUGUUAAUCAGAGACAGCCAGAUGAUGUUAGCAGCCAGCAAAAACCUCACUCUCUGGAGCAGUUGGAGGCGAGUCUUCUGAGUGAGAAUCCUGUUUGCAGCUCUGAGUCAGCACUGCUGGGUCCAAAACAAAGGCAAAAAGUGACCAAAACACAGGCUCAAGUAAAGAGCUGUGCUUCAGAGGAAAAGUUAGAGCACUUCAAUAAAGUGUCCUCUGAAAGGACUCCUUUAAUUUCUAGCUCUACAGACAUGAGUAAGUGCAAUGUGUAUUGUUUGGGUCCAUUCCUGGAGGAGAAGACCCUCCUUAAUUCCAGGUUGUUUCCUGAGCAAGGCACAACAAAGACCGUGGCAGACAAGAAGUCACUAACUCUGAGAAAAAAACCCUCCCAGCCUCUUUCUCUGAGUAACAGUAUAGAGCAGAUGAGCCAAAAUGAGCCAAGCACAGCCACUGAAGCAUUGCCUGUGAUGCCAUCAUCUUGUCUAGAGCUGCAGUCUGUGUCUUCAGAGAAACCUACCCGAAAAAGAAAAAAAGAAGUUGAAAAUGGUCUGGGGAAGUUAAAACUGAGAAGGCUUAAGAAGUCGUAA